AUGAACCUUGUUCAAGGAGAUAGGCCCGUGAGGAGUUACGAAUCUGAGUUCACAAGGUUGAGGCGACAUGUCUUUGAUGGGCAUGAAGAUGAAGCAACUAUGAUCCGUAACUUUAUGUACGGAUUGAAGACGGAGCUUGGAAGUCGUUUAGCUGGAAGCAACUUUAGCAGCUUAUCUGAGCUAGUGGAAAAGGCUGUUAAUGUUGAAACUGUAUUGGAGGCGGAAAGGAAGACCUUACCACAUUCUGGUGGACACACCAAGUUUAGCCAAGGAGAAAGGCCAAAUUUCAACAAGAGUCCAAGAUCUUACAAAGGCAAAGGGCGAGGAUUUGGAGGCCAAGCCAACAAUCGUGGUAACACUGGGGUAUGUUACACAUGUGAUCAGCCGGGGCAUAUUUCAAGGUUUUGUCCCAAAAACCAGUGGAAUAACCAACGGAGUAACCAGCAGGGUUAUCCAUCGAAGAGGAUGGAAUAUGUUACUUGUUUCUUCUGUGGAAGGAAGGGCCACUAUGCAUCGUCAUGUCCAAACAAGCCAAUCCAUGCGACCCCUCUUGCAAUCCGAGCUCCUCCUAGCCGUCCAGCUAUUGAGCCAGCACCAAAGAAGCAAAACGUAAAAGGUAGAGUUUAUGCCUUAGGUGUAGAAAACCCAGACAAUGCAGGACCGUCAAGCGGUCCCAUCACAGUUAUUGUGGGAACUAUACAUGUUGCUGGUAAACCCACACAUGUAUUGUUCAACUCGGGGGCAACACAUAGUUUUCUGACCCCUGAAGUAGCUGCCCGGUUUUGGGAUUGUUUUGUGGUUGACAGGAUAGAUGUGGCCGUCUUGACCCCCGCAGACCGAACCCUUCAAGCAAAUCAGUGUAUCAAGAAUGCUCCAUUGGUCAUUCAAGGCAAAGAGUUUGUGGCAGAUCUGUUAGUCGUACCUUUGAAAGGGUACAAGAGAAGGUUGUUGUUCGGCAGAGGUAAACGACCAGAGAUGGUAUACUAUGGAAUCAGUCCUAGUAUGACCGUGUCUUUGGUAGCAGCAAUGAGAGUACAAGAUUUGUUUCAAGACGAGGAAAUAUAUUUGGUGACCUUAACGGUUAGUGGAGGAGCCACUAAUGAUGAAGUUAAGGUUGAAGACAUAGAAGUGUGA